AUGGACAAGAAAGAACACAAGGGACACGACCAUGAGGAUCAUGUUGAAGUUAAUCCUACCAUAGUUGUCGACGAGCCUAAACAAGAUGAGGAUUUCUAUGUUCCCCUACAGAUCGCAGGAAUUCUUGUAGCGGCACUUUUUGCUCUCCUGAUUGCGUGCAUCUUUAAAACCAAGAGGAGGAAGGCAAUAAAGAGAGAUAUUUCUCUGACGAGGACCAAUAUUCUGGCCAAUAAAACAAUGAUAGCUGCUGAGGAGGAGAUGGUCAACAACUUACACUUGAGAAUGGAACAAGCCGCCCCCAUGACACACAGCUCUGCCUUACCUCAGACUCAAGUUGGACCAGUCCCACAUAACCAUAGCCCGAGUAACACCAUGACAAUCCCCAGACCAAAUCUGGCAAUCUAUAAUAAAAAUGGCUGGCACGAAUCAUAUGCAGAUCGCAGUUUCUAUGACAACCAGACUGAUAUUUACCCUGAAUCAAAUACUACUACACGCAGCACAGGACCUUUCAUUGUGGACUCCCCAAAACACGCGCGAGUUCAUUCCAAUGGAGGUCAAUCAACCAUGACCCACAGUAACCAGAAUGGAGGCGUGGGUAUCGUUGCUCCAUACACUAUCAACACAAUGAACAGGAACGGUCCAUACAUAGUGGACGGCCACACCAAUGAAGCAUACAUCGGGCGUGGCGUAUCGGAGCCCCACAGAGCAGACAUAAACAGACAAGACCGACAGGCAGACACAGACAGACAAGACAGAGAGGCAGACAUAGACAGACUAGACCGACAGGCAGACAUAGACAGACUAGACCGACAGGCAGACAUAAACAGACAAGACCGACAGGCAGACACAGACAGACAAGACAGAGAGGCAGACAUAAACAGACAAGACCGACAGGCAGACACAGACAGACAAGACAGAGAGGCAGACAUAGACAGACAAGACCGACAGGCAGACACAGACAGACAAGACAGAGAGGCAGACAUAGACAGACAAGACCGACAGGCUGACAUAAACAGACAAGACCGACAGGCAGACACAGACAGACAAGACAGAGAGGCAGACAUAGACAGACUAGACCGACAGGAAGAUAUAGACAGACUAGACCGACAGGCAGAUAUAAACAGACAAGACCGACAGGCAGACACAGGCAGACAAGACAGGGAGGCAGACAUAAACAGACAAGACCGACAGGCAGACACAGACAGACAAGACAGAGAGGCAGACAUAGACAGACAAGACCGACAGGCAGACACAGACAGACAAGACAGAGAGGCAGACAUAGACAGACAAGACCGACAGGCUGACAUAAACAGACAAGACCGACAGGCAGACACAGACAGACAAGACAGAGAGGCAGACAUAAACAGACAAGACCGACAGGCAGACACAGACAGACAAGACAGAGAGGCAGACAUAGACAGACUAGACCGACAGGCAGACAUAGACAGACUAGACCGACAGGCUGACAUAGACGGACAAGACCGACAGGCAGACAUAGACAGACAAGACAGAGAGGCAGACAUAGGCAGACUAGACCGACAGGCAGACAUAGACAGGCUAGACCGACAGGCAGACAUAAACAGAAAAGACCGACAGGCAGACAUAGGCAGACAAGACCGACAGGCAGACAUAGACAGGCUAGACCGACAGGCAGACAUAGACAGACUAGACCGACAGACAGACAUAAACAGACAAGACCGACAGGCAGACACAGACAGACAAGACAGAGAGGCAGACAUAGACAGACUAGACCGACAGGCAGACAUAGACAGACUAGACCGACAGGCUGACAUAGACGGACAAGACCGACAGACAGACAUAGACAGACAAGACAGAGAGGCAGACAUAGGCAGACUAGACCGACAGGCAGACAAAGACAGGCUAGACCGACAGGCAGACAUAAACAGAAAAGAACGACAGGCAGACAUAGACAGACUAGACCGACAGGCAGACAUAGACAGACUAGACCGACAGGCUGACAUAGACGGACAAGACCGACAGACAGACAUAGACAGACAAGACAGAGAGGCAGACAUAGGCAGACUAGACCGACAGGCAGACAUAGACAGGCUAGACCGACAGGCAGACAUAAACAGAAAAGACCGACAGGCAGACACAGACAGACCAGACAGAGAGGCAGACAUAGACAGACUAGACCGACAGGCAGACAUAGACAGACUAGACCGACAGGCAGACAUAAACAGAAAAGAACGACAGGCAGACAUAGACAGACUAGACCGACAGGCAGACAUAGACAGACUAGACCGACAGACAGACAUAAACAGACAAGACCGACAGGCAGACACAGACAGACAAGACAGAGAGGCAGACAUAGACAGACUAGACCGACAGGCAGACAUAGACAGACUAGACCGACAGGCUGACAUAGACGGACAAGACCGACAGACAGACAUAGACAGACAAGACAGAGAGGCAGACAUAGGCAGACUAGACCGACAGACAGACAUAGACAGGUUAGACCGACAGGCAGACAUAAACAGGAAAGACCGACAGGCAGACAUAGGCAGACAAGACCGACAGGCAGACAUAGAUAGACAAGACAGACAGGCAGACAUAGACAGACAAGACAGACAGCAAGACAUAAACAGGCUAGAUCGGCAGGCAGACAUAGGGAGACAGCAAGACAUAGACAGGCUAGACCGACAGGCAGACAUAGACAGACAAGACAGACAGGCAGACAUAGACAGACUAGACCGACAGGCAGACAACAUAGGCAGACUAGACCGACUGGCAGACAUAGACAGACUAGACCGAGAGGCAGACAUAGACAUGCUUGAUAUACAGGCAGACAUAGACUGGCUAGACCGACAGGAAGACGGCAUAGGCAGACUAGACCGACAGGCAGACAUAGACAGACUAGACCGACAGGCAGAUAUAGACAGACUAGACCGACAGACAGAAAUAGACAGACUAGACCGACAGGCAGACAUAGACAGACUAGACCGACAGGCAGACAUAGAUAUGCUUGACCGACAGGCAGACAUAGACAGACUAGACCGGCAGCCAGACAUAGACAUGCUUGACCGACAGGCAGACAUAGACAGACAAGACAGACUGGCAGACAUAGACAGACUAGACAGACAUGCAGACAUAGGCAGACUAGACCGACAGGCAGACAUAGACAGACUAGACCGACAGGCAGACAUAGACAGACUAGACCGACAGGCAGACAUAGACAGACUAGACCGACAGGCGGACAUAAACAUGCUUGACCGACAGGCAGACAUAGACAGACUAGAUCGACAGGCAGACAUAGAGAUGCUUGACCGACAGGCAGACAUAGACAGACAAGACAGACUGGCAUACAUAGACAGACUAGACAGACAUGCAGACAUAGGCAGACUAGACCGACAGGCAGACAUAGACUGA